GGCCCUUGAGCCCGGAGUUCAAAGCGGGCCGUGCUCCCAGGGUACCGGUUAGGGCUCGCCUGGCCACCUCAGGCCCACGAACCGAGCUCUGCCCGACCCCGGGUGGGCAUGGGAGAGAGGAUGACGAUUGGUAGAGGGUGGCAAAGAAAGAGGCUACUCAGGGCUGCUUAGGGAACGUGGGGGCGGGACAGCUCGUGGUGACUUAGGGCUAAAGCCUGUCCUCGGAGUAAGGCAUCCCUGUUCAUGCCCCUCCGCCCCUCUCUACUGCCCCCCACAUUUGCCACAGCUCCAGCUCCCCCUGGACAUCUCGAAGAUGAAUCACCCCGUGCAGAGCACCGCCUAUGAGCGAAUACUGGUGAGCACGCUGAGAGGACCCCUGCGCCUACCCAGUCAUCCUCACAGGAGAACCUGCUUUCCAGAUUUGGGGCCACCCUCUGGGAGAGCUGUAAACCAAGGGCCUGGGUCAGUAACUAGCAAAAACCAGAAGAGACAGGGAGGCACAUUGAGGAGGCCAUUCAGGGUCAGGCAGCCCCUGCCCAAGCUCACCCCUUCUUCCUUAAGACUGAAGUAAGUCAGAGAUCUCCAGAGGUUCCCUGGCAUUGCGGCUGCUGUGUAGCCUGCCCCACUGGAGCCUGAGCUGAGGUUAAGGCUGCGCCUCCACCCCCUCAUUUGAUGUUCUCCCAAUAUUUGCCCAACGUUUACUGAGAGAGGGUGGAGAGGAACUGCUGGUCUAGUAAUGACGUCGUAGACAGCAACAGAGGAACUCACUAAUUCAUGUCCGCUGUGCAGGCCAAAUGGAUUUUCCUAGAAACUUUGGAAAAGCGCUUUUAGUUUUCUGGGUUUGCUUGUUCUUUCUCUUCUAAUUCCUUUGAUGAGUUUUCCAAAGCAGGCUUUUUCUUGGGAGAUGUUUUAAAGGAUUUAAAAAUCAAAUAAUGAACACUUGUACACCAGAGUUCAUUGCAGCACUGUUCACAAUAGCGAAAUUUGGAAACAACCUAAAUGUCCAUCAACAAAUGGUUGGAUAAACAAAAUGUGACAUAUACAUACAUACAAUGGAAUAUGAUCCAGCCAGAAAGAGAAAUGAAGUACUGAUACAUGCUACAACAUGGACGAACCUUGAAAACAUUACGCUGAGCAAAAUAAGUCAGUGAAUAAAAGGACAAAUAUUGUAUGAUCCCACUUAUAAGAAAUAGGCAAAUAAACAAAGAACAAAGUUUGUUAGCGCCUACCAGAGGUGGGAGAGGGGAAAAAGGGGAAGUCCUAGUUUAGGGGCACUGAUUUCUGUUCAUAAUGAUGGAAUAAUUUGGAAAUUGAUAGUAGAGGUGGUGAUACAAUAUGACGAUGAACGUAACCAAUGCCACUAAAUUGCAGAUGUAAAAAAUGUUGAAUUGGCAAAUGUUGUGUUACAUAUAUUUUUGCCAUGAUAAAAUCAUUUUAAAAAUCAAAUAAUGAGCCUGUUGCCCUGGUGUAUCCCUCAAAGCAAGAUGGGUCACCAGCAGCUGUACUGGAGUCACCCUCAAAAAUUAGGCCACGGUUCCUGCCCCCGAGUGUGCUCAAACUGGCACAGUCUGAUCCGGAUGUAUGGCCUCAAUAUGUGCCACCAGUGUUUCCAUCAGUAUGUGAAGGGUAUAGGUUUUAUCAAGUUGGACUAAGUGAUCUUCCUUGAAUGAAGGACUCAAGACAAAAGAAACAAUGCUCUAGCUCUUUGUCCAUAAAAUAAAAAAUCUUCAGUUGUGACUUUUAACAUGAAUGGAAUAAUAAAUUGGUUAUAAAAAAAUCAAAUAAUGAGAGGAAUCACUGAUUUACGGUAAAGAGCACUUGUUAGGUGCCAUGAAGUUGGUUCCAACUCAAAGUGACCCUAUGUACAACAGAAUGAAACGCUGCUGGGUCCUGAGCCGUCCUCACAAUCAUUGUUGCUAUGUUUGAGCCCAUUGUUGUAGUCACUGUGUCAGGCCAUCUUGAGGGUCUUCCUCUUUUUCACUGACCCUCUACUUUACCAAGCAUGAUAUCCUUCUCCAGGGACUGGUCCCUCCUGAUAACAUGUCCAAAGUACAUGAGACAAAAUCUCACCACCCUGGCUUCCAAGAAGCACUCCGGCUGUAUUCCUUCCAAAAAAGACUAGUUCAUUCUGGUAGCGCAUGGUAUAUUCAAUAUUCUUCACCAGCACCAUAAUUCGAAUGCUUCAGUUCUUCUUCAGCCUUCCUAUUCAUUGUCCAGCUUUCACAUGCAUAUGAGACAAUAGGAAAUACCAUGGCUUGGGUGAAGCACACCUUAGCCCUCAAAGUGACAUCUUUGCUUUUCAACACUUUAAAGAGGUCUUUUGCAGCAGAAUUGCCCAGUGCAAGACAUCAUUUGAUUUCUCGAUUGCUGCUUCCAUGGAUGUUGAUUGUAGAUUCCAGUAAAAUGAAAUCCUUGACAACUUCAAUAUUUUCUCAAAGAGCACUAGCCCAACCAUUAUUUGGUUUCAGAAUUUCAGCAGAUGGCUGGCUGCCCAUGCAACCAGCAUUUGUAUGUGGCAAAAAUCCUCCACAGAGGGAGGGUUUGCUGGCAGCUUUGUUUUCACUUGAGGAUGCUGCUGCCUUCUUCAGUGCCUGUUUUUUGAGUUAUAUAAGGACCAAGGGUUGCGGCCAGUGCAAUGGGAGCCAUAUUUGAGCCUGAAAGGUGGGAGGGAUGUGAAUUUAUCAAAAUAUUCUGCCGUGUUUUGAACCAAGUAGUAAAAGGUCUAUAAUCAAAAACCAUGACUGUAUAUAAAGCUCACUUUGCCCAGUGCUCUGUUCACACAGCAUUGCCAACUCGCAUAAGCCCACAUGGCAGGGAACAUGAUGGUCAGGAGAUCCCAGGAACCUCAGGCUGAUUGGAAACAAGAGUUCCCUUCACAGAACAGUGCAGGGCCAUAAAACAAACAAACAACAACAGCCUAUCUUAUUUAAACUUUGGAUAUUUUGUUCAUUGUGGAUUUUUUGUGUUAUUUUGUUUUUUUUAAAUAUUGCAUUAAAAUGUUAUUUAUUUUUUUUACUUAGGUUUUUUGACACUCCCUUAAAUUCUGUGCCUGAGAUGAGUGCCUCAUUAACCUCACCCUAAUCCCUGCCCUAACUGAGACCUUAAUUAUCUGCUACCCCAUUUCUGGUUUAGGCAUGUGGUGGUCUAGUGCCCUCUAGAGGCUACUGCUCUAGGCAGGGGCCUUGCUUGGGGUCCCCAGUGUGGCCUUGGCUGGGUGCUCUCCCCCUACCCCACUCUUACCGCUUCCAGAACAGCUCCUGUCCUCUGUGUCUCUGCUGCAGGACUCAACCACCCUGGCUGCAGUCACCUGGUCCCCUCCACCCCUGCAACCUCUAAAUAAAUGUUUCAUGCCCGUGCAAGCUGCAUCCAGGAGGUUUCAGUCCAUCACAACCCAAAAAUUUCCAACUAGUAAAGAAUUCAGUACUGGGAAGGAGGUGAUGUAAUAAAGCAAACCAAACCCAUUGCCACCAAGUCAAUUCCUAAUCAAAUCAACCCUAUAGGUCGGAGUAGAACUACCCCAUAGGGCUUCCAAGGAGCAGCUGGUAGAUUUGAACUGCCAACCUUUUGGUUAGCAGCCAAGCUCUUAACCACUGUGCUACCAGGGUUCUGAUGUGAGUAAUAGAUCCCUAGAAAAGGCAGAUUGGGGUAAUAGAUCCCUAGAAAAUGCAGCCUGAGGCAGAGGAGGGAGAAGCAAGUUGGAGGAGCCCAGGCAGGGGAUCAGGGUCCUCCUGGCAGGAAUCUGGCCUUCCUGUCAGAUGAAGAAAAGCUGCUGCCAAACUCAAAUGUGUCUUGUGAGAGACAGGCUGUGGGUCACUGAGGCCUUCGGUAAGUCGUCUGGUCCAGAGGUGAGGAGCAUGAGGUAAGCUGAGAAGAGAGGGCAGGCACAGAGGCACCCCACAUAAAUCCCCAUUGUCCAAGGUAGACUCUAGACCAGGCACUUCUGCUCGCACAGUCUGCACCUUCCCUUUUUCACCCAUCUGAAAUUAAUGGCCACAUCAUUUACCGAGCCAAUAAUCUUUACUCCAUCAUCCCCACAUCCAAUCCAUCACUAAGUCCCCUUAGCUACUCCCCCACAGUAUAUAUCACAAAUCCGUUCACCUCUCCUCAUCACCGUUGCCAUCUCCCUGGUCCCAGUCACCAUCUCCUCUCUCCUGGACCACUGAUAACGCCUUCUGUAGGGUCUCCUGCCUCCCAUUGCAUUGCUCACAUUUAUAACAAUCAAAUGGGAUUGUGUCCCCUGCAGAAAAUGCUGCAGAACAGAAUUCAAAAAUGUUCAUCACACUAAGCUGCAUGGCCCUCUGGGACUAGCCCUGCCUACCACCCUGCCAAGCCCCACUCUCCACCUGGCUUGUUCUAGCCUCAGAACAUGUCCGUCUUUCCAGAGCUUAUUUCUACUCUUCCUUUGGAGAGAUCCCAGUUCUGCCAGGGGAACAGCCAAGAAGCAGAGUCAGAGAGCAUUCC